AAACACACUCAACCAUCCUCAUACAUAGAAUAGAAUAUCACGUCCAUGGACAUUUCUCCGGCCACCGUCCUCCUCCUCCUGGCCGCCGCCGCCGCCACAUUCCCCGGAGCCCUAACCCAGCCGUCUCAGGCGAUGGCUCCGGCGCCUCCUGGCCCCACAAACGUCACAAAGAUACUAGAAAAAGCAGGGCAGUUCACAGUGUUCAUACGCCUCCUGAAAGCCACCGGAGUGGCCAGCCAGCUGUACGGACAGCUGAACAACUCCGACAACGGGAUAACGAUCUUCGCCCCGAGCGACUCGGCCUUCUCGGCUCUGAAAUCCGGAACGUUGAAUUCCCUCACGGACGAGCAGCAGACGGAGCUGGUUCAGUUCCACGUCAUACCAACGUUCAUAUCUUCUUCUAAUUUCCAGACGGUGAGUAAUCCUCUCCGGACUCAGGCCGGAGAUUCCGCCGACGGGCAUUUUCCGUUGAACGUCACGACCAACGGCAGUUCCGUAAAUCUCACGUCCGGCCUCACCAACACCUCUGUCUCCGGCAAUGUUUACAGCGAUGCCCAGCUCGCGAUUUACCAGAUCGACCAGGUUUUGCGGCCUCAGCAGGUAUUUGAUCCUCGUCCACCGGCUCCGUCGCCGGCUCCGUCGGUGGUCAAGUCGAAGAAGAAGAGCCACGCAAAUAGCCCCGAUGACGAUUCUCCGGCCGAUGCCUCGUUAGCUCCGCCUGUCGUCGGCCCUGUCCGUGAAACGUUGUCGUUUUGCUUCUUCAUUGCUUCUCUUGUAUGGUUCUAUUUGUGAAAAAAAAAAUUAAGAAAUUGUUGGGUGUUUAUAAUCGCAAUCAUCGCGUGAGUGAGAUUCCUUUCGUUUCUUAAUUUUCGCUGUUUUUCUUUUCUGUGUUAAAUCAGUUUGUGUUUUUCAAAGUUCGUUCUUGUCCGAAAGUUGUUUUUUUAAGGUUCUUGUUCGAAGA